AUGGGCAAAGUGUUUUAUCGAAAAGGAAGAUUUGGUUUGUCAACUGAUGUAAUUCCUUUAAUUGUUAAGAAUGAUUAUAAAAACGAUGUUGACUUACUUUAUUUGAAGUAUUCCAUGGAAAAAGAUUUAACCAAAGAAGACUUUGAUUUUGGUAAUAAGGCUGUGAAGCAGAAAGAAAUCGCUAAAAAGUAUCAACAAGUUGAAGAAAUUAAAGAAAAAAUAAUAAAGGAAUUGGAGAAGAUUGAAAAUAUGAAAACAAACCUUGGCAUUUAG